AUGGAUGGCGGUGAUAGCAAUGACUCGGCUCUCUCAUUACUGGAUGAGAAACGGGAGAAGCAUUUGAUUCGCAAGAUUGACCUACAUAUUAUACCUUUUGUCGUUCUUCUAUAUCUAUUUAGCUUUCUUGACAGAGUCAACAUUGGCAAUGCCCGUCUAUAUGGGAUGGAAGAAGACCUGGGCCUGGUCGGAGAUCAAUACCAAAUUGCAGUAUCUAUUCUGUUUGUAACUUACUGUCUCUUCGAAGUGCCGUCAAACUUGGUUAUCAAGAAGCUUAGGCCAUCACGCUAUAUUGCGUCGAUAUCGGUUAUGUGGGGCAUCAUAGCGACUCUCACUGGAAUAACCCAGAAUUAUGGAGGCCUCAUCGCUUGUCGCAUCCUUCUAGGCGUCGUGGAAGCCGGACUGUUUCCGGGAAUGGUUACCUAUCUCACUAUUUUCUAUAGCAAGCGUGAAAUAGCACUGCGCACGGGCUACCUCUUCAGCAGUGCAGCCGCUGCCGGCGCAUUUGGCGGACUUCUAGCUUACGGCAUCGGCUUCAUGGACGGCGUCGCCGGGUUACGAGGUUGGAGAUGGAUCAUGAUCAUAGAAGGCAUUCCAACCGUCAUACUAGGAGGCCUAUCCUGGUUCUUUCUUGCAGACGACCUCGAUACAGCCUAUUACCUGGAUGAAGAGGAGAAGGCCCUAGUAGUUCAACUCCGUCGUCGCGACGUGGGCCAAACAUCGUCCGCCCAAAGAUUUCACUGGGCAGACGUCAAAGAAGGUGCGCUGGACUGGAGAAUCUACGCCUUCUGCAUUGCUCAAUUUGGUGUCGACACUAUGCUGUACGGGUACAGCACCUUUCUCCCCACAAUUAUUCAGGGCAUGGGGUCGUGGACAACUCCCGAAGUGCAAGCUCUUACGAUCCCUUGUUAUGCGGUGGGCGCAAUUAGUUACUUGAUAAUUGCUUGGGCGAGCGAUAGAACUCAGCGUCGCGGAGUUUUUACUUGCAUCUUUGCCGCCAUAUCAGUGGUGGGCUAUGGAAUCCUGAUAUCGGAUUCUUCGUCAGGAGUACAUUACUUCGGCGCCUUGCUUAUUGCCCUAGGAUUAUACGUGGCCGUCGGAUUACCUCUUGCAUGGCUCCCGACCACACUUCCUCGUUAUGGAAAGCGUACAUUCGCCACGGGGCUGCAACUGACUUUUGGCAACGUCAGCGGCGUCAUGUCUCCUUUCUUAUACAAGACGAAUGAAGCGCCACGUUAUGUUCGGGGCAAUGCAGUGACUCUGUCGCUGGUUGGAUUUGCAGGUGUUGUGUAUGGUCUCAUGUGGUGGUACUAUCAUGGGAAGAAUAAGCGCCGAGAACAGGGACUGGAAGAUGAGAAGAUUGCAGGGAUGUCAGAAGAAGAAAUUGAGGAAAUGGGAGACAGAAAUCCUCGGUUUAGAUAUACUUUCAGUGCCAGCUGGAGGGCCUGGUUUCAAAGCCCAUGUAUAGAGCAACAUGACGACUGGAAUAAAUCUGCCGGAGAUGAUGAAUCACAGGGGGUUGACGUACCGUACAGUUGCACAGGCGACCAGAUACAGAUGAUGUCACGCCAUGCGGCGAGAUAUCCAACCAGGUCUGCAGGAAGCCGCCAUCUUGCCCUUUUGGAUAGAAUCCAUAAAGCAGGGACUCCGCUGAACGGCUCAUUGUCAUUCCUGAACAACUGGACCUACAUCACCAGCAAUACAGAACGAGACUUCGAGCAAUUGAGCACAACCGUCCGAUUCGCAGCCCGUUACGAACACCUCAUCCCGUCUGGUGCGAAGACAAAGCUCUGGGCAAGUGAACCUGAUCGCGUCAUUGAAACAGCCCAACACUUUGCCUCGGGGUUAUUUGGGUCUGAUUGGGAAAAGACAUUUGAUCACAGCGCAGAUACACUCAAACCGGGAGAUACCUGUCUAAACUAUCUAGAAGAUGAAGCUCGUGGCCAUUAUAACGGCAUCAAGAUGCUCACUUUGUUUCAGCAAGCGUAUAUCCCGUCUAUUGCGGAGCGACUGCUCGUUGAGAAGGGUAACCGUGAGCUUGAGGGGCUUACCAACUACGAGGUCUUCAGUAUGCAGGAGAUCCCCUGGUGCGAAGUCUUUUCGCGCGAAGAUUGGAAGAAUUUCGAAUACGGACUUGAUUUGGUACAUUACUAUCGUGAUGACCCGGGAAAUCCUUAUGCGGGCGCAAUGGGCUGGCUUUGGCUGAAUGCUACAGCGAAUCUUUUGCGAGAGGGCCCAAAGCGGAUGCAAUGUUCUUCAGUUUGUGAUGUCCACGACGGGGAUAUAGCACCUUUCUUGACUGCACUAGACAUAAUGAAAGACGCAAAGUACAACCCAUUUCUUCCUGUCACACAUCGGGCAGAAGACCGCGUUUGGUAUACCUCAACUGUGAUGCCAAUGGGUGGUCGGGUCACGCUCGAACGGAUGACCUGUUCGCCUACAGAUCCUGUCAAUAACAUGAACGAGACAUUUGUCCGGAUGAAUAUCAACGACAAGGUUGUGUCACUGCCAUACUGUAAGUUUGGACCUGGCUUGUCUUGUCCGUUCAUGGAGUUCGUCGGAGAGUUUGGGGAUGGCCUCUUUGACAUAGUUGCUCGUAUCUUACACCAUUGCGUUCUUUUCCCAAAUCACUUCAACCCAAUUCUCACCCAUCACCUUUCCAGUGAAUCUCGCAACCCCCGGCGACCCCCCGAAGAAUCCGGCCCAUUUGGCAAGCGCAGAAACGCCCGCUAUGAACACACUCGAUCUCGCACACGCACCGGCACGCCGGCAGCAAAGCGCGAAAACCCCAAUGUAGCAGAAUUCGGGCGUCUAUUCGCCCAACAACAAGAAGAGGAGAAAGCGCGCAGCAACACUCUGCCCAAGUCAUCCUCCGCUUCCAACCUGGACAACGCCCGGAAGCAGCAGACAGAGAAAGUCGCAACCGAGUGCAUACUAUACGGUUAUAAGAGCAAGGACUUCGAAUGGAAAGUGAUAGACAAGUACGAGCGGAUCUCUCGCGGCUUCAUCUGUGAGGACUAUCCGCGGACCGACCCCAAUGCUUUGAACGGGUAUUCACAGCUCCUGAGCGGUGGCGAUGUGGUCAUCCGGGCGAACCUAUCAGCGGACGCGAAUCGCAAAUCGAAGCGCUAUGCGGGUGGAUUUCACUGGAUUAAAGUCACGUUUGAUUCGACGACAGCGGCCGAUCGCGCGUGCUUCUACUCUCCGCAGGAAAUCGAUGGCCAUUUGGUCUUUUGUGAGCUGUAUCAUGGCCAGGGACCUGCGGAGGAUGCCCCUAUUGUACAAGGAUCCACGGAGGCGACUCGUCUCCAGUCGAAGGCGGCGCCUCGCACUUUGACUUCGUCGCAUUCGACGAGUUUCCUCCAACCGAAGGACACAGCCACCAAGGAACGCCAUACGCUGCCGAGAUCUUUCGCCUCGAAUAACCUGUCCAGUAUCCUCGACGCCCAUGAAGAGGAGUCCCAGGAAUCAUCAUCGACCCCCACUGCUAGCUCCGCAACAGCCACCGCCAUCGAGCAACCAGCACCCCUGCAACAGCGCACAGUCGUAAAGGAGCCCAAGCCCGAAUCAGACUUCAUGACGCAUAUCCCGACGGUGCGUCGGACGAAGCUACGACCCAUUACAGAAGCCCUUCCACCUCAGCCUACGGUCACGGAGCGAGUGCUGCGCUCCAUCCCCAUUCUCAGCUGGUUCACAGGUGAUAUUGUGGGCGAUGGACCUCAACUCCGCGAAGACGGGGCAUUCGAUUUCGACAAGUCGAAUACUUACUGGAAAUUCUGGUACAUGGUCGAUAGAGUCCUGGGGACAGAUAUCUGCGGACUGAAGGAGGAGUCAUGA